AUGGAGAUUGGAUGGAUGCACAAUGCGAGACAAAGGCAAGUCCUAAUUUUCUAUGUUUUGCUCGGGUUGUCUAGGGCGGGCACCGCGUUGGGGCCUUAUACAGUGGUGGAAGAAACGGACAGAGGUUCCUUUGUGGCAAACCUAGGGAAAGACCUGGGGGUGGGGUUGACAGAGCUCUCCACCCGAGGGGCCCGGAUCAUCUCCCAGGGGAACAGAGAGCACUUGCAGCUGAAGGUUCAGACCGGGGAUUUGCUCAUAAAUGAGAAACUAGAUCGAGAGGAGCUAUGCGGCCCCACUGAACCUUGUGUACUACAUUUCCAAGUGUUAAUGGAAAAGCCCUUAGAGAUAUUUCAGGCUGAACUGAGAGUGAGAGACAUAAAUGACCACUCUCCCAUAUUCCCCGAAAGAGAAAUGAUUCUAAAAAUACUAGAAAACAGUCCUCUAGGGAAUAUGUUCCCUCUCAAAAACGCUGUGGACUUGGAUGUAGGAAGCAACAAUGUUCAGGAAUAUAACAUCAGCCCCAAUUCCCAUUUCCGGGUUCUAACCAGCAACCGCAGUGAUGGCAGGAAGUACCCUGAGCUGGUGCUAGAUAAAGAGCUGGAUCGGGAAGAGGAGGCUGAACUCAGAUUAACCCUCACGGCGCUGGAUGGCGGCUCUCCGCCCAGGUCUGGGACUUCUCAGGUCCACAUCGAAGUCGUGGACAUAAACGACAACGCCCCUGAGUUUGAGCAGGCUCUCUAUAAGGUCCAGAUUCCUGAGGACAGCCCCAUAGGCUCCCUAGUUGUCACCGUCUCUGCCAGUGAUUUAGAUAGCGGACUCAAUGGAAAAAUAUCAUACACACUCUUUCAGCCUUCGGAAGAUAUUAGCAAAAUUUUGGAGGUGAAUCCUAUCACCGGAGAAAUUCGACUGACAACACAAGUAGAUUAUGAAACAAUUCUGUCUAUUGAAGUGGACAUCGAGGCCACGGAUGGCGGAGGUCUUUCGGGAAAAUGCACUCUUCUCCUGCAGGUGGUGGAUGUGAAUGAUAACGCCCCGGAAGUGACCACGUCUGCACUCACCAGCCCCAUCCCAGAGAACUCACCUGAGAUUGUAGUUGCUGUUUUCAGUGUUUGGGAUCCUGACUCUGGGGACAACGGGAAGACAGUAUCCUCCAUCCAGGAGGACCUUCCCUUUCUUUUGAAACCUUCCGUCAAGAACUUCUACACUCUAGUAACCGAGAGAGCACUAGACAGAGAAGCAAGAGCUGAGUACAAUAUCACCAUCACUUUCACAGAUUUGGGGACGCCCAGACUGAAAACCCAGUGCAACAUAAUGGUAGUGGUUUCCGACGUCAACGACAACGCUCCAACUUUCAAUCAAAGCUCCUACACCUUGUUUGUCUGGGAGAACAACAGCCCAGCCCUGCACAUAGGUACUGUCAGCGCCACAGACAGAGACUCAGGCACCAACGCUCAAGUCACCUACUCCCUGCUGCCGCCCCAGGACCCUCACCUUCCCAUCGCCUCCUUGGUCUCCAUCAACGCGGACAAUGGGCAUCUGUUCGCUCUGAGGUCGCUGGAUUACGAGGCCCUGCGAGCCUUCGAGUUCCGCGUGGGCGCGGUCGACGCAGGCUCCCCGGCGCUGAGCAGCGAGGCGCUGGUGCGCGUGGUGGUUGUGGACGACAACGACAACUCGCCCUUUGUGCUGUACCCGCUGCAGAACGGCUCUGCGCCCUGCACCGAGCUGGUGCCCAGGGCGGCCGAGGCGGGCUACCUGGUGACCAAGGUGGUGGCAGUAGACAACGACUCCGGCCAGAACGCCUGGCUGUCCUACCAGCUGCUCAAGGCCACAGAGCCCGGGCUGUUCAGAGUGUGGGCGCACAAUGGCGAGGUGCGCACCGCCAGGCUCCUGAGCGAGCGCGACGCGACCAAGCACAGACUCGUCGUGCUGGUGAAGGACAAUGGUGAGCCCUCAAUGUCGGCCACCGUCACACUGCACGUGCUCCUGGUGGAUGGUUUCUCGCAGCCUUACCUGCCGCUCCCGGAAGUGCCCCUGGAUGAAACCCAGGCCGACUCGCUCACCAUCUACUUGGUCACUGCGCUGGCGUCGGUUUCGACGCUCUUCCUGUUCUCAGUGCUUCUGUUUGUCGCAGUGCGGCUGUGCAGGAGGAACAGGGCCGCCUUGGUGGGUCGCUGCUCGGUGCCUGAGGGCCACUUUCCGGGCCACUUAGUAGACAUUAAUGGCACUGGGACCCUGUCCCAGAGCUACCAAUAUGAGGUGUGUCUGACGAGAGGUUCUGGGACCAGCGAAUUCCAGUUUCUUAAGCCAAUUAUUUCUUGUUAUCCUCCACAGGGCACUACUAGUGAAAUCGAGGAAAAUUCUAAUUUCCAGAAUAGCUUUGGGUUUAAUUAUUGA